AUGCAUCACAAAGUAAAGAACAUACUGACAUUACAUGAGGAAGUGAUUGAACAACACAAAGUAAAGAACAUGCUGACCUUACCUCAGGAAGUGACAAGGCAUCAAAAAGUAAAGAACAUGUUGACAUUACAUCAGGAAGUGACAGAGCAUCACAGAGUAAAGAACAUGCUGACAUUACACGAGGGAGUGACAGAACAUCAUAUUAAAGAACAUGCUGACAUUAUACCAGGAAGUGACAGAACAUCACAAAGUAAAGAACAUGCUGACAUUACACCAGGAAGUGACAGAACAACACAAAGAACUGACAGAGCAACACAAAGUAAAGAACAUGCUGACAUUACAUCAAGAUGUGACAAUGCAUUACAAUGCAAGGAACAUGCUGACAUUACACCAGGAAGUGACACAACAUCGCAAAGUAAAGAAUAUGCUGACAUUACACCAUUAAGUGUCAGAGCAUCACAAAGUAAAGAACAUGUUGACAUUCCACCAGGAAUUGACAGAACAUCACAAAGGAGUGACAGAGCAUCAGAAAUUAAAGAACAUGCUGAAACUACACCAGGGAGUGACAGAAAAUCACAAAGUAAAGAACAUGCUGAAAGUAUACCAAGAAGUGACAGAGCAUUACAAAGUAAAGAACAUACUGACAUUACACCAGGAAGUGACAGAACAUCACAAAGUGAAGAACAUGCUGACAUUACACCAGGAAGUCAUAGAACAUCACAAAGUAAAGAAGAUGCUGACAUUACACCAGGAAGUGAUAGAACAUCACAAAGUAAAGAACAUGCUGACAUUACACCAGGAAGUGACAGAACAUACCAAAGUAAAGAACAUGCUGACAAUACACCAGGAAGUGACAGAGCAUCACAAAGUAAAGAACAUGCUGACAUUACACCAGGAAGUGACAGAACAUCACAAAGUAAAAAACAUGCUGACAUUACACCAGGAACUGACCGAGCAACACAAAGUAAAGAACAUGCUGACAUUACACCAGAAAAUGACAAUGCAUCACAAAUAAGUGACAGAGAAUUACAAAGUAAGGAAAAUGCUGACAUUACACCCAGAAGUGACAGAACAUCACAAAGCAAUGAACAUGCUGACCUUACACCAGGAAGUGACAGAGCAUCCAAUGUAAAGAACAUACUGACAUUACACCAGGAAGUGACAGAGCAUCACAAAGUAAAAAACAUACUGACUUUACAUGAGGAAGUGAUUGAACAACACAAAGUAAAGAACAUGCUGGCCUUACCUCAGGAAGUGACAGAGCAUCAAAAAGUAAAGAACAUGCUGACAUUACAUCAGGAAGUGACAGAGCAUCACAGAGUAAAAAACAUGCUGACAUUACACAAGGGAGUGACAGAACAUCAUAUUAAAGAACAUGCUGACAUUAUACCAGGAAGUGACAGAACAUCACAAAGUAAAGAAUUUGCUGACAUUACACCAGGACGUGAUAGAACAACACAAAGAAGUGACAAAGCAUCACAAUGUAAGGAACAUGCUGACAUUACACCAGGAAGUGACAGAACAUCACAAAGUAAAGAACAUGCUGAAGGUAUAUCAGGAAGUGACAGAGCAUUACAAAGUAAAGAACAUACUGACAUUACAGCAGGAAGUGACAGAACAUCACAAAGUAAAGAACAUGCUGACAUUACACCAGGAAGUGAUAGAACAUCACAAAGUAAAGAACAUACUGACAUUACACCAGGAAGUGAAAGAACAUCACAAAGUAAAAAUCAUACUGACGUAACACCAGGAACUGACCGAGCAACACAAAGUAAAGAACAUGCUGACAUUACACCAGAAAGUGACAAUGCAUCACAAAGUAAGGAACAUGCUGACAUGCUGACAUUACACCAGGAAGUGACAGAGCAUCACAAAGUAAAGAACAUACUGACAUUACACUAG